AUGAAGCUCCUUUUUCCUAUCUUUGCCGGUCUCAUGCUACAGCACCAGGUGAACACAGAAUACUUUGGCUUAAGAAAAUGUUUAAAGGGUUUGGGGAAAUGCAAAGACUAUUGUGCUGUGCAUGAAAAGGAGGUACAGAAAUGCAAGAAGAAAAAAUGCUGUAUUGGACCAAAAUUGGUUCAACUGAUAAAAAACUACAUACAAAAUGAAAUGUCCCACAUAUUUGAAGAGGACUCCCAAGAACUGUUAAAAACCACCAAGUAUUCUAGAGCUGAGAUACAAACAAAAUAUCAUACUACAUCUCUUCUCCCCAAAAUGAAAAGCACCAGCCCUUUUGCCAACAUCAACACCCCCAUCAUCCAAAAUGUCACCGCUGUGAACUCUGCCACCACCAACCCCAUGAUCUCAGAAAAGAUUAAGUACACUGCUACUUCAACCAAGAGGGACACCAAAGAAAGGAGAGGUUCAGCCACUGACACCCCACCACCACCAGCACCACCACCACAGUCACCGCCAACACCAUGA